AUGUUUAGCAGAAGGUUCAUUGUUUCCUAUUUGAUGUUGAUUGUAUGCAUCUACAUAUGUGUUGGAAGUUCUCUUCCUGAGAAGUGCACCGUGAAAGACACACAGGCUCUUCUAAAGUUAAAAGAUGGUUUCAUUGAUGAAUUGGACAUUCUCUCCUCAUGGAAGGGUGAAGAUUGUUGCAAUUGGAAUGGAGUUUCAUGCAAUAAUUUAACUGGACAUGUAACCAGGUUAGAUCUCGAGUCUUCACAUUAUCCAUCAUUGGGAGGUAAGAUAGAUUCUUCAAUAUGUGAAUUGCAACAUCUAACCUCCUUGAAUCUAGCAUUAAAUGACUUGGAGGGAGAGAUUCCACACUGCAUUGGUACCCUUGGUGAAUUGAUAGAGUUGAGACUUAAAUUUAAUGAACUUGGUGGUGUCAUUCCUCACACUCUUGGAAACCUUUCCAAAUUGCAAAUUCUUGAUAUUGGGUAUAAUUAUUACUUGUUUGCAAAUAACCUUGAAUGGGUAUCUCGUCUUUCUAAUUUGAGAUACCUUGAUCUCUCAGUUAUUAAUCUUAGAAGAGCUUUAGAUUGGCUAUCAUCAAUAAGCCAAAUCCCUUCUCUAUCAAAUCUUUAUUUAGAUGAUUGUGGGAUCCACCAAGUCAAUCCUAAAUUUAUUGUGCAUAAGAAUUUUUCCAACUCUCUCAAAAUCUUGAGUCUUUCAGGCAAUAAUUUAAGCUCUUCAAUUCCAUCAUGGGUACUCAAUGCUAGCAAAGUCCUCACACAUCUUGAUCUCUCAUAUAAUUCUUUGCAACAAAGUAUUCCAGAUGGCUUUGCAAAAUUGAUUUCUCUUCAAUAUCUUGAUCUUUCAAAUAAUGAACUUGAUGGUGGCAUACCAAAAUCCUUUAAAAAAAUUUGUCAACUUAAAGAGUUAAAGCUGCAAUCGAACAAAUUGUCUGGCCGACUCAGUGAUUGCAUACAACAAUUGUGUAGUACACAAACACUGGAUCUCAGCAGUAACCCAUUUAAGAGUGGCCCACUUCCUGAUUUUUCAUGGCUUUCGUCCUUGAAGACAUUAUCACUUCGAAAUACCAGUAUCGUUGGGCCACUACCACAAUCAUUUGGUCACUUGCCUAAUCUUGCAAUUCUAGACCUCAGCUUUAACCAAUUGAGUGGAUCACUUCCACCAUUUGAGGUUAGUAAAAUUGCUUCACUAGAAAAUUUGGAUCUUUCCCAUAAUCAAUUGAAUGGGACACUUCCAUAUGCUAUUGGGCAACUUUCUAGUCUCAGGAGAUUGACUCUCUCUUCAAAUAAGUUGAAUGGGAUUGUUAGUGAAGUACAUCUAUCAAACCUAUCUAGAUUGCAAAUUUUAAAUGUGGCUCAAAAUUCACUUUUAUUCAAUUUGAGUUCAAAUUGGGUUCCACCUUUCCAAUUGAUUGGAUUACAUGCAUCAUCAUGCAUUUUGGGCCCUAAAUUUCCAACAUGGCUCAAACAUCUAAGGGAACUUGAGUACUUACAAAUGUCUAACAGCAGUAUUUUAGAUACAUUUCCUAAAUGGUUUUGGGACCUAUCAUCACAAUUGUCAUACUUGAAUGUUUCACAUAACAAACUUAGUGGAGCAUUGCCAAAAACA